AUGAGCACAACUGCAAGUUCGAAUGAAGGGUUUGAGGCUGCAUCAGAAUUAACUGGAGAUGAGAGGGUGGCCAGGAUAACUGAGGAGGUAGAUAGUCCGGAGAAAGGGGCAGAGGAUGGUCCAUUGUGUACAGAGGAAGGAGCCUGGGUGAAUGGGGUAGAGUUAGAGAUGGGAUCCGGGGAAGGGGAGGAUACUGGCCCACUUCCAAUGGACCUGGUUUUGAAGGAACUGGCAGUCAAUGAUGAUAGAGGUCCUGGCAAGAAGGAUGUGGGGUUUGCGGCCGUGCCAGGGGACAAAGAGGAGGCUGAGAUGCAAGAGUCAUGUGCCAACCCGGUCUUCAGGCGCAAGGUCUUGGACACCAUCUUUCUCUUCUGGAAUGUUACUAAUAUGGGUUGGAUCUAUGGACAGAUGGGCCCGGCCCUGCCUGACCUACAGAUUGUUGCAGGCGUGUCCCUGGCUCAGGCCACAUGGCUCUUCACGGGGUUUGCUCUAGGAUACCUUGGCGGCUGCCUCCUGGCUGGGUUCAUUCAAGAUAAGUUCAACCCUCGGCUAAUGUUAUUUCUGUUUACAACUGGAACAGCUAUCACCAUAGGGCUGUUACCAUGGAUACCAGAAAUCAUUGCCAUGGUGAUCAUCAGGGUGAUCAAUGGAAUAUGCAUUGGUGGACAAGAUACAGGCAUACACACAAUGUUGUUUGCGACAUGGGCCAAGGAAGGAGGUCCGUUUGUUCAGAUGACCCAUUGUCUGAGCGCUGUAGGGGGCAUCCUAUCACCCCUUGUCACACAGCCGUUUGUAAGCAAGCAGAAAGUUGAGGAAGAAUUAGAUGGGGUUGAUGUGUCUGUUAAUACCACAACAAUGGCUGCUCCCACACCAUACACAAGCGGUAUGAACAUGACCAAGAACACAACAUACACUACCACAGUGGAAGUCAACAUCCAGUAUGCGUUUCUCAUCACAUUUGUUCUCUCCCUCUCAUCAGCUGUUCCAUUCCUUGUGGCCUACCUCUCCAAUAGGAAUGAAAAGAAGGUUGUCAGACAGUACAGUAAUGCCAGUGUGGAUAGGCAUAAGCUCCCCAAACGAGUGAAGAAGGUGAUACUGUGUAUUAUAUUUGUGAAUUCGUUUGUAGCGACGGCCAACAUAGACCUGUUUCCAAGCUUCCUAGUGACCUUCACCUUGGAGCAGCUUGGGUGGACUCAGCAGGAAGCCUCCACUCUCACCUCUGUCUACUUUGGAACAUAUGGCCUGGCUAACUUUGCUGGGGUAUUUCUCUUAACUUACAUUACCUCAACUAAGCUUAAAGCCUUUUCAUAUAUUUCUUCAACUAUAGUACUCCUAGGGCUUUUGUUGAGUGUUAUUUUUAAACAAAAUAUUCUUGUGUGGGUUACCAUAGCAGCCAGUGGUGUAACAAUGUCAUCUAUUCUGCCAACACUGUUCACAUGGACCCAGGAACAUGUGACCCCCAUUACAAGCCGCAUGGCCUCUGGGCUCCUCAUAUCAGGGUCAGUUGGGGUCAUGGUCAACCCCCUGGUGCUAGGAUACAUGAUGGACAUCUACUCUCCAAUGUGGUUUCUCUAUUUGUCACUUGGAGAAAUAGUGGUCUGUGGCUUACUGUUUACGGCAGCUUUUACUCUAUCCCGUGUCUACUCCCAGUCAGAUGACCAGCGGGCCCAUAUGACUGGCAUGACAAAGGGUGAUAAUGUGAGCUCAGAGACGGUGGAGGCCCCUACAGGCACACCAGAGCCCACGGAAAAACUGGAAAUUUACCCACGAGGAACAUUCUAUGGUGUCUAAUUGUGAAGCAACUUAUGUUGUUGUUUUGUGUUUUA